AUGGAAGUGAAUGAUGUGAUCAGAGCAGUUUGUGCCGUGCAUGACCUUUCGACAUCAAAUCAGGAUCGAAUUAAAUGCACACAGAUCAUCGAGGCAUUCAAAGAAGGUCCCGCAGAAGUGGUUGCAAAUGUAGCAUUCGAGCUUAUAUCACACAGUUCUACGAUACUCCGACAUACGGGAUGGACGUUACUAGAAGAUUUGAUCAGAUACAAGUGGAAUUCUGUUGCACCAGAGUUCCGUAUAGAUAUUCGUAAUCGUGUAUUUCAUGCUGUUGAACUCUCAGUUUCGGAGGAUACUAUUGAACCUUGCGCACGAUGUGUCGUAGCGAUGAUGGAGCACGAAUGGCCUCAGAAUUGGCCGGAAUUGAAUCCCCAACUACAGCAAAUGGCCGUUCAAGGAUCUUUACCUUGCGCCAUUGUUUUUGCCAUCCUCCGACGGUUAGUGGAAAAUGUUGCAACCUUAGCAUCAGUUGCAAAUCAAAGACGACGGAAGGACAUGCACACUGCAAUCUGCAAUAGUACGGACGACUUUCUCAAUGUAGCCCUUGACGUGCUCAGCUCAUGUCCGCUCGACCUCAUAGGAGCUCUCGCCGCGAAGAAUGUUUUUGGCUGGCUUACAGAGUUAUGUAGCUGCAUGACGUCAGUAUCCUUGGAACAGCACCUCAUUCGGAUAGUCGACACAGUGAUUAGAUAUCUAGGCACAGCUGAACGAAAUAUUUAUGAGCAAGCUGCGCAAUGUUUGGCUGCUAUUGCUGUGCCGAAGAAAGAAAAACAUGAUCAAUCGAUGAUAAUUUCGGCUUUCUUCCGGCAGGAAGUGUUUUCUACAAUCCUUACGACAACAAGCCUUGCUGCUGAUGGGUCACAGUUUAGCGAGCAACAUUAUAGAUAUCUGAAAUCUCUGUGCGAAUUAUUAACCACUCUAGGGAAUUUCCUGUCAAGAACUUGGCAUGAGAAGACAUCACCGCCGAACUUUGAGACGUUUCUGUCUGCUAUAGUCGCUUUCUUCAAUCAUGAUUCUCUGAUGUUAAAAUAUGAAGCUUGCGAUGUCCUCGUAGGCUUGUCGACUCAUGAGGUUUUUCAAGAGAGUCCUAGUUUUGUACAGGCUAUUCGAGAAGUAUUUUCUAACGUACUGAAAGCUAUUACAAAGGACGGAUAUCCAUCCCAAAACCCCUCAAAUGUUGCUGCUCGCUACUCACAAAUGGAUUUCGAUGAUGACUUAGAAUGGCAUAAUCUAUUUAUAAAGUUUCGCUCCCGCGUUCAGCUUCUCAUCGCAGAAAAUAUGAGCCAUCAUUUUGAUCAUUUGUUGACUGUGUACGAGGAAACCGUGUUUCGUAAAGUAAUCCUGGAUGCUAAUUCAAUUUCCGAAGUCGAAUGGGAGGCGAUGCAAAGAUUUGCAAGAAAUCUUAUCCACGUUGCUUAUGAACGGAAAUUUUUUGAAAUGGAUAAAGAACGUCUGAUUAGGAUGCGAGACACAUUGGUGAAUGCCAUGUCAAAUACAGCUGAUUGUGACAUUUUGAGCGAGAUGCUAUCACUUCAUUCUCCGUUUCUGAGCAGCUAUGCAGACGACUACGAGAAACUUAACACCUACUUCUCACUUUUGCGACGGGGUCUUCUCAUGUCUGCGGGGAACAAAAAGCUGAACAGGCAUGUUGUCAGCCUUAUUCUUCGAGCUGUUCAAAUAUUUCCUGAUCACUUCAAGAAACAUGUCUCCUCCGUUGUAUCACUUUAUAGUGAAGUGAAUGAAGUGAUCUCGAAGAUGCAGAUGGCGCAGUUAUUGCAGGUUCCUGCUGUCCUAUCGAAUACUGUGGACGAUGAAUCAGUACGACUGGAGUUAUUACAAAUGGCGGCUGGUCCUUCAAUAGAAUACGUUCGGAGUAUUGCAUGGUCGUUCGAGAAUGUCUCGUCAUUUGUCUCGUUCAAUGCCUUCAAUAUCUCACCAUCAGAUGCUCCUGAUUCACCCUCGACUUUGAACAGAAUAGAGCUUCGACGAGCUCUCACUUGCCUACAAGGGAUAGUACAGCAGGUUGACAACUCUAGCUACCUUGGAACUAUGCUUAUUCCGAUAUAUCCAUGUUUCUUUAAACUUUCGAGAUGUUUGAUGGAGCUUUAUUUGGAGCAAAGUAAGGUUCUUUUUCACCCGCUAUUUCGCGAAAGUCUCACGAAGAUGGUGGCUUCCGAAAAACAACAGAUCUACUGUUCCGUUGGUGAGAUUAUCGAGGUGGUUCCAGGACGCCCUGCUGUUGUUGACAAUGAUCCUAUAACAAUCGAACGACAAUACAUGCACGAUUUAAACGAGCAGGCCGUUACAAUAAUAACGGCAGUCGUGACGAAGUUCCCUGGCACCAUUUUUUCUCUACCACAAGCGCCGGAGCUGUUGAACUCCCUUGUCUCAAAUAUCGACCUUGUUCCAGAGAUCAAGUUACGUCAUUGGAUCAAGAAAGGAUGGAAAGCGGUUAUGGUUUUUUGUCCUUCCGAGCGCUGGUCAUUGCUAACCGAGUUUUUCACGCGCAUUUCAAGCUCGAUGCAUGUUCGCCUGCAAAAGAUGUGGGAUGAAGUUUCUCAUAUUGACUACGAUUCCGAACCAACUGAGGAAGAGUUGUUUUACGAACACUUGACGUGCGUUAUAUCUCGGGAGUAUGUAAAUUUCCUCCGUUUUUGCUACAUCCCCAGCGAAGGUGAAGAGAGAAAAACACAUGCGAUUACGCCCUUGGGAGAAUGGUUAUUUACCAACAAUGUUGGACUGUCACAAGUGAUUAUGACAGUAUUUACAUCUUUGACGUUCCGUGACUCGCAAUUAGCCCUGAGGGCCAUACCACUUUGCAAAGUAUUGUCGGAGAAGUUGGUUGAGUGUUACGACGAUGAAGUUGGUGUGUAUAUGCUAGUAUGUGCGAUACGAUCUCUCCAGCUUCAUGGAGCUGAUGAGGUGGCGGGUACUCCUCUGAUUGGUUUGGUGUUCCAUAUAUACUGUGCAUUGCGUCGUUUCUCAGAUUCACUACCGCAAGUUCUGUUGCAAAUUCCUGAUGUUACGACCGAAAUCGUGGAAGCUUUUGAUAGCAAGAUCCGAGCAAUGAUCGCUGGUGAUGAAAUUCUACUAGAGAAACAGAAGAAGGAAAUGGCUCGUCGUCUUUUAAAAGGUGUUAUUACGCUCACUGUUGGCGAACAACAUAAAAAGCCAGUUUAUCUACGCCCAUUGCCUCCUAUUGAGAAGAGGCGUCGAGUAGAAAACGAAAAUGAUGAUUUUGCUGAUAUUGCCCUUUUGUUUGCGGAGGGUCGCGACUAA